AUGAAGAGUUUGUGGGCUAUUCUCUAUGCAUGCUUGUUUUUCAGCUCCGAUGUAUCCGCCGGCCCAGCCGCCUAUGGAGUAUGUCAAGCAGGAUGUGCAACGGUCGUAAUGGCCUUUUACUCGGCAGCAGGCUUCACAUGGGGAGCCACGAUGGGUGCAACCGUACCUGCUUCUAUUCUUGCCUGCAAUCCGGCUUUUGGAAAGUGCCAAGCGGCCUGUGCUUCUGUUCUACUAGCACCAACAUUUUGA